AUGCCAUCGCCUAAAUCAAAGAGUAGUAAACGUUCUCCAAAAGGAUCACCAAAAAAAUCACCACAGAAGAAAACUUCACCAAAAAAUUUAAAAUCAGGUAUUAAAGAAUUACAAGAAGAUUAUGCACAGUGUGAACCAAAUGCAACGUGUUAUUUAUGCUUAAAAAAAUUUAAAGAUCCAGCUGCAGUUCAAGCUCAUAUUAUUCUUAUGGAUCAUUUUCCACCAUAUACCAAUGAAUUACAACAAUGUCGAGCGUGUCGUUCAACUAUUAUGGUAAAAGAUACUGAAACGCAUAAGUGUGCUGUCAUGAAAGCGAUAUACAUACGUUUUAUGUCAGGUUCAUCUAAUCUUUUCUAUGGACCACCGUAUCGAUGUCUUUAUUGUCGUAGUAAACCAAUGGGUUCGCGAAUUGAACUAGUCAUACAUUUACUUUGUUAUCAUCGCCCGAAUAAAUCGACUGGACGAUGUGGAAUGUGUAAUUUCACCUAUGAUGAACCUUCACAACCACCUCCACCAAAUCUACCAAAUUUACCAGCAAAUGCAACUGAAGAACAAAAGCGUGCACAUGAAAAAGAGUUAAGGACACUGAAAGAAAUUCAAAUGUGUGAACCAUCAAAUGUAGAUUCUCAAGGAUUAGCUAAUCUGAAUGCGCAUAUUCUAUACGAUCAUGUCCCGGCUUAUAUGUUAUGGAGUCGAAGAAAUAUUUUAGAAGAUACUUUCUUGCGUUAUCCAUAUGCUUGUCCACUGUGUAGUUAUUUAAUAAACUCCAAUUAUGAAUUACACGCGCAUGUUUUAUGCGCUCAUGGCAAUCCAACGACAAUACAAAAUGAACUGAAAAUAUGCGCAAUGUGUGGUGUAUCUGCUGGGACAGAUGAUGGCCUGAAUAAACAUAUUGCAGCGCACACGGAUCCGAUUAAACGACUAGGUAAUAUUUGGAUAAAACGUGAAUUGUUAAUGAAUUACACCGAUCCAGGAUCUGUUUGUAUUUAUUGUUGGGAGAAUUUUAAGCAUGAUUUUCAACUACAAGCACAUCUACUAGUUGCACACAACACAAAAAACUCUCUACAAUGUGGUUGGUGUAAAAUAGACUUUCUGUCGUAUUCAGAUCCGGUGUUAGCAUUUAUGAUGCUACAGAAUCAUGAAUUAAAUCAUGGUCGUACAUUACAUGAAGUUGCACUAGGCUUGAAUAUGACUUAUGAGCCUUUAAAAGAUCUACUACCUGAAGUAUUUGAUAAACAGAUAUUAGUCAAUGCGAGAAUGGGUAUUACUGGUGCAAGACCUGAUUCUCCUGGUCGUAAGGGUAAAAAAUCACCGAAAUCAAAGUCACCUCCAAAGUCAAAGUCACCGAAAUCGAAAUCACCUCCGAAGUCAAAGUCACCGAAAAGUGGUUCAAAGAAGAAAUAA